AAAGACACAAAUGGCGAUGGCUGGGGAGAUGUACCCGGUAUCACGCAGAAGCUGGACUACCUGAAGGAUCUAGGUGUUGAUGUUAUCUGGGUCUCGCCUAUCUACAAGAGUCCUCAGGCUGAUAUGGGCUAUGAUAUCGCUGACUACGAAGACAUUGACCCAAUCUAUGGAACAUUAGAAGACGUCGACAACAUGAUCAAAGAGAUCGAGAAGCGUGGCAUGAAGCUCGUAAUGGACCUGGUCGUCAAUCACACGUCUGAGGAGCACGCCUGGUUUCUCGACUCGCGAUCAUCCAAGGAGUCCUCAAAGCGGGACUGGUAUAUCUGGAAGCCUGCGAAGUAUGAUGCAGACGGGAACCGACAGCCGCCGAACAACUGGGCCCAGAUUCUUGGUGAAGCAAACUCUGCAUGGACCUGGGACGAGAAAACGCAGGAAUACUACCUUUCACUUUUCACGCCCGAACAGCCGGACUUGAACUGGGAGAAUCCUGCAGUAAGAGAAGCUGUCCACAAUGUCCUCCGCUUUUGGCUCGAUCGUGGUGUAUCCGGCUUCCGAAUGGACGUCAUCAACUUGAUCUCAAAGGUGCAAACCUUCCCCGAUGCCCCGACCACGGUCAAGGACAACAAAUAUCAGCCAGGCAACAAGUUUUUCGCAAACGGGCCUCGUAUGCACGAGUUCCUGAAGGCUAUCAACCGGGAGGUGCUCUCCAAGUACGACACGCUCACUGUUGGUGAGAUGCCUUUUGUCCGCGACGAAGACGAGAUCAUCAAAGUGGUCGGAGCUGAGAACGAAGAACUCAACAUGAUCUUCGCUUUCGACAUUGUAGACAUUGACAACGUGCCCGGUGACUUUAAGUACACCCUGCACCCCUGGGAUGCUCGCGAUCUCAAGGAAAUCAUCAACCGUCUACAGCGUCUCAUGCUCGAUCGCGACGGCUGGAACACAAUCUUCAUCGAGAAUCACGACCAGCCGCGCAGUGUCAGCAGAUACACGGAUGACAGUGAUGAAUUCCGUGAGUACGGCGCCAAGCUAUUAUGCCUGAUGCAGACCACCCUCGCCGGCACUCUGUACGUCUACCAAGGCGAGGAUAUCGGCAUGCGCAACGUGCCUGCCAGUUGGGAGCCGUCAGAGUAUAAGGACAUCGAAAGCAUCAACUUCUUCAAGAAAUACCAGGACAUGUACCCUGGCGACGAAGAGAAACAAGCUUACGCUCGCAAGAUCAUGCAAAAGAAGUCCCGCGACAACGCACGAACCCCUGUGCAAUGGACCUCCGAGCCACACGCAGGCUUCACAUCGCCCGACGCCAAACCCUGGAUGCGCGUCAACGACGACUACAAAACCGUCAACGCGGCGGCCCAGCUCGAAAACCCCAACCCAGCGCCUGGUACACUCGCUGUUCACGCGUUCUGGAAGCGUGGUCUGGAGUGCCGCAAAGAGAACAAGGAUGUCUUCGUGUAUGGCGACUUCGAGCUCCUGGAUCCAGAGCAUAAGAAGGUCGUUGCGUAUAGAAGGUGGAGCGAGAAGAGUGCGUUCGUCACUGUGCUCAAUUUCAGCGGCGAGAAAGUCACUUGGGAUGGGCUGGGUGGUUUGAAGGUCAAGAAGUGGGUUGCAGGCAACUAUGAUAAGACGGAUAUUGAUGGCAAGGCGAAGAGUGCCGCGCUGGAACUGAGGCCCUGGGAGGGGCUGUUGGGUCUGCUGGAAUGA